AUGGAUUGGGAAGGUAUCGCGACAAUUGCAUACUUCAAUGCACUCUGGGGAUUCAUGGCUUAUCUCUACACCACCCUGGAGAUCCAGAAUUUCUUGUUGUGCUUUCUCGGACGGAUGUUUUUCUCGCUGACCGUCGCGGUGUCGGUGGGCCUAUAUCGUCGCAACCAUGCACCGACCUCGAGGAGCAACCAAACAAGAUUCAAGUGAGUUUGAUGAGCUUCUGCACUUGUCCACUAGGUACCCACCUACCUACGGGUCUUCGGUAAACUUGGCUGACCCCGAGCAAUCAUCAAUCUUGCAUAUUCAAAGCCGGCGAUUGCUCCGAGCCUGGGCACCUGUCACUGCGGGCUGCUCAACCGGCACCCACGUCCGAGAAAGCACAACACGGUGCAUUACCUCGGGCGUGUGA